GAGCCGCCAAAGGGGCUGCGCGCCAACCUCAAGGGCACGUGGGCCACCGUGACCGACAAGCAGUGGGACGGCUGCAGCAAGCCGCUCGAGUGGCGCAAGCUGCUCUUCGGGGUCGCCUUCUUCCACGCCGUUGUGCAGGAGCGGCGCAAGUUCGGGCCGCUUGGCUGGAACAUCCGUUACGAGUUCAACGGUACCGACCUCGAGAUGUCGAUGGAGACGUUGCGAAUGUUCCUCGACGAGCAGGAGGUGAUUCCGUGGGCCGCGCUACUCUACGUGACUGGCCAGAUCAACUACGGCGGCCGCGUCACCGACGACUGGGACCGGCGCAACCUGAUGGUGGCCCUCCGCCGCUUCUACCGGCCCGAGGUGCUCGAGGACGGCUUCCCCUUCGCGCCGGCGGGCACGACCGCCGCCUCGACGUACUACUCGAUCGCCGAGGGCGGCCUACAGGCCGUGCGCGACUGGGUGGACGGCCUACCCUACGACGACCCGGUGACGGUCUUUGGGCUGCACCCGAACGCCAAGAUCACCUUCGAGCGGCAAGAGACGGACAAGCUGCUCGCAACGGUGACGGCGAUCCAGCCGCGCCUCGGCGGAGGCGGUGACGGCCUGUCGGAGGAGGAAACCGUCGUCGCCCUCGCCGAGAAGCUCAAGGCCGAGGUGCCCGAGCUGCUACUCGAGGAGAAUGCGGGCGCCGGUACCUUUGCGCUCAACGAAAAGGGCGAGCUCAACUCGCUGCAGAUCGUGCUGCUGGCCGAGAUGGGCCGCUUCAACAAGCUGCUCCGGCGCGUCUCGGGCUCGCUCGCCGACCUCGGCAAGGCCAUCAAGGGCCUCAUCACCAUGUCGGCCGACCUCGACGCGAUGUACGGCGCGAUGCUCAAGAAUCAGGUGCCGCUGCUGUGGGCAAAGGUGUCCUACCCGUCGCUCAAGCCGCUCUCGUCGUGGUUCAAGGACCUGCAGGAGCGCGUCCGCUUCAUGCGCGGCUGGCUCGCCGCCGGUGUCUCCGGCAUGACGUGCUACUCGCUCCCCGCCUUCUUCUUCCCGCAGGGCUUCAUGACUGGCAUCCUGCAGAUGCACGCACGCCGCUAUUCCAUCCCGAUCGACUCGCUCUCCUUCUCGUACGAGAUCCGAACAGAGGAGACGGCUGCCGCGUGCGCUGCCCCGCCUGAGGACGGCGUCUACAUCGACGGCUUCUUCCUCGACGGCGCGCGGUGGGACCGCGAGAAGCGGCAGCUCGCCGACUCGAGGCCGACCGUCAUGUACGACACGCUGCCCGUCAUCCACUUUGUGCCGACGCCGCACUUUGAGCGCAGCGAGAAGGACUACGAGUGCCCGCUGUACAAGACGGCCGUCCGGGCUGGAGUGCUCUCCACCACCGGGCAGUCGACCAACUUUGUGGUCGCCGUCGACAUGCCCACCGACCGAGACCCAGACUACUGGGUGGCGAUGGGGACCGCAAUGCUGUGCGCGCUC